AUGAACCUGGCGAGUUUUGGACCCGAGAACCCGUCCGCCAAGCCGUUUUACAAGGUCAUCCUCGCGAGGUACAAGGCGAUGCCCCAGGCGCAAAAAAAGACGAUUUGCGGAAACAUGUGCCGCAAUUCGGGAAGAUCUUUGAUGAAGCUUUGCUGCAAUUCUCCGUGGAUCAUGGCGCAGCGUAUCGUGGUCUUGGGCAUUUUUUCAAGAAUUACAAGACUGGAAUUCAAGGGCAUCAUUGAGGAGAAUGAGAAAAUUCGUAAAAAG